UCGAUGCGUUCAAUGCUCCGCGUAAACGCGCACACCAACUGCGGUAUUAUUUUGACGUUUGGCUAACCGGGAGUUGAAAGAAAAUAUCGUUUAGCUGCUGUCUUUCGGGUUACUUGAACAAUAUUUAAAUAUUUUUAUAUUGUAAAAUCCUGAGUUAAAUUGCGGACGGACGCUCGUUAAACUCCACUUGCAAUUUGACUUUGGUGCCUUGUAUGACUUGUCUCAGAUGCUGAGACUUUUCGAUUUAGCUGCAAUUUUGCUCUAAUUCCGCUGUAUGAACUCAGACAUUCAUUUUAAAAAACGUAUCAUAAAAUAACACCCAUGUUUGUUUGACUUGAAGAAAGAAAAAGUAGCAUUUUCAAAUAAUCUGAAAGCAAGAGUUCGGGGGAAACAAUGGCGCCGUUGACUUUGAUGGCUUUAACUGAAGAGUGGAUAAUGAACAAAGUGGGAUUAAAUCACCAACGCCUUGGAGAUGUUCGUUCACUGAGUCUUCCUGGCACAUACAAGCAGAAAAUCGGAUAUCUGGGAAAUGGACUGGCCAACUUUGAGCGUCUAAAAUCUCUGAAUCUUUCACAUAAUUCGUUAGUCUCUCUUGAGGGUCUGCAACACUUGAAACAUUUACAAAUCCUAAAUCUAUACUAUAACUGCAUACCUUCCCUUGAGGAGGUAAAGGUCCUCUUUGAGUUGUCAGUUUUGAGAGAACUUGAUCUGAGACUCAACCCUCUGGGCAAGAUUUAUCCGCACUACCGACCUUUUGUGGUGCAUGCCAUUGCCAGCCUACGCAAAUUAGACGGAUGUCCGGUCAAAGACGCUGAGCGCAAGGCUGCAAAGAAGCGGUGCUCACAGUUGAGAAAGCGUGAUGAUAGACAGGCCUUAGUGGAGCGGCUCAGCAUGAAGCUCUCCCUUCUGAGUGACAAAGAUGAUGUUGGGUCGAACCACGCUGACGUCCACAGAAACCACAGUUACUCAAAUGAAGAAUUAGAGUCAACUCAUAAGCAGUCAGCUCAAGACCAUCAAUGUCCCAGUCCCCAUCAUUCUGGCUCCAACCCCUUUUUGUAUACUUCAUGGCUGACUAAAGCAGAAAACAAGCAGCAAGUACGAGGUUGUCAAUAUUGCCGACAUUAUGAUUUCUGUUCCUGCUUGUUGUCACGUUCAUGUACUUGCAGCUCAUAUGAAUGCUCCUUCCAGGAUAGUUACAGGAAGCCGUUGGAGGAGCUGCUCGACGUCAUGGAUAAACACUGGGUGGGAAAGCGAACUCUGCAACUUAACACUAACUUCCUGACUCAGAUUGUCCAGAUCCUCUCUAUGAUGGAAAACCAUAUCUCUAGUAAGGAUGCUAUGGUCAAGACCUUAAAAGAGGAAGUGGGCGCGUUGUGUUUUUUCGCAGCAGCACAAGAAAGAGAACACAAAGCUGAUGUGACCAAGUUUACCGCUCGUCUGGGAGAGCUCAACAUGCAGCUGAGGAUCGCCUUGGAGGAGAACGUCGCCCUCCAAAAAGAGCUGAUCACGUCAGAACGUAUGUAUCGCCAGUAUAUGACGGAGCACCCGCCCACUUGCCACAAUAUAGAAACUGCUUUAUUUGCAAGCACAGGGGCUCAGAGAAGGGUGGAGGAGCUGAGGAAGGAGGUGGCAGAGCUGAGGAGAAAAGUGAAGGAGGCUCAAGAGCGUCAAGGAUCAUCCUCAGGUCUGACUUGAAGUGUGCAGGAAUGUGAUUAAGGAGAUUCCUGCAGGCAUGAAGAAAAUUGCACGCACCGCUUCAAUGCUAACCAGCUAUGUAGUUUUUAGUUUAUUUCCUCCCUCCAACAUGUUUGUAUUACGAUCCUCCAAUCGUUGAGCUAUUUAUUAUUUAGAAACAAUGUAGAAGGCAGUGUUUAUUUGAAGUUAACCUUAACCAAAUAACCCAAAAAGGUCAUUUAUUAAAGGAUGCUUGUGUAUAAGUGUGUGACAGUGCUGUUAUUUUAACAAAUGAUUUUGGAGGGGAAUAUUUGGGACUCCUGGAUCAGCAUCAAGGUUGC